CAGCGCCUCCCAGGAUGUCCGCCGCGCCCAAGGUUCUCGAAUAUAUCGACAGCAACGUUGACAAGUUCAUCGAUCGUCUCGCAGAGGCGGUCGCUAUUCCUAGUGUCAGCGGAGAUGCUUCUCAUCGCGAGGAUGUCUUCAAAAUGGCGAGCUGGCUCGAGAGACAGCUCAACUCUUACGGCGUAGAAACGAAAAGAGUGGACCUCGGCACACAUGAAAUGGAUGGCCAGACGCUCAAGCUGCCCGAUGCCAUCGUGGGCCGUAUUGGCUCGGAUCCGAGCAAGAAGACCAUCCUCAUUUAUGGUCAUUUUGAUGUACAGCCGGCAUUCAAAAGCGAUGGCUGGGAUACCGAGCCUUUCACUCUGGUCGUUGAUGAGAAGACUGGACGAUUGAUCGGCCGGGGGUCAACAGACGACAAGGGCCCUAUUCUGGGCUGGCUCAACGUACUCGAGGCGCAUCACGCACUCGGUCUCCCGCUCCCAGUCAACCUUCGCUUCUGUUUCGAGGGUAUGGAAGAAAGUGGGAGCGAAGGCCUGGAUGACGCUAUCGAGGCCGAAGUCAAGAAAGGCAAGGAUGGCUGGUUCCAUGGCGUUGAUUGUGUCUGCAUUUCCGACAAUUAUUGGCUCAACGAUCGCACCCCUUGCUUAACGUAUGGUUUACGGGGCCUUACUUACUUCAAGGUUACUGUUACUGGUCCUGCACGAGACCUGCAUUCGGGUGUAUUCGGGAGGACUGUACACGAACCGAUGACGGACCUGAUCAUACUCAUGUCUAAGCUCGUCGACCCGAACGGCAACAUUCUCAUACCCGGCGUGGAUGACAUGGUCAAGCCCGCCGACGCCGACGAGCUGGCCAUCUACGACAAGCUCGACUACUCCGUGUCCGACAUCGAUGCCUCUGCCGGUGCCUCGAUUUCCCUAUCUGAUGACAAGGCGCAGGUGAUCAUGGGCCGUAUGCGCCAACCCUCGCUCUCGCUUCACGGCAUCGAGGGUGCGUUCUAUGGCGUGGGCGCAAAAACAGUGAUACCUGCAAAGGUGUCCGGCAAGUUCAGUAUCCGGCUGGUCCCUCCUCAGACCCCUGACAAUGUCAAUCCGCUGGUCUACAAGUUCAUUGAACAGGAGUUUGCCAAGCUGAACAGCAAGAACAAGCUGAUCAUCGAGGAGUUGCAUGGUGGUAAACCCUGGGUGGCGGAUCACAGGCACUGGAACUACGAGGCCGCGAAGAAGGCUACUGAAGCUGUGUACAAGAAAACGCCGGAUCUAACACGAGAGGGUGGAUCGAUCCCGGUCACUUUGACUUUUGCGGAGCAAUUAGGUGUUAAUGUGCUUCUGCUUCCGAUGGGCCGCGGCGAUGACGGGGCACAUUCAACCAAUGAGAAGCUGGACAAAUCCAACUUCAUCCAGGGUACCAAACUGUUGGGCUCAUACCUAUAUGAGGUCGCUGCUAUCACAUCGAACUAGGAGGGUCAUUACAGUCAUGCGUAUGCUGUGCCAUAUCUUCGGGAUCUGUUUCGCAGAUGCUUGCUGUACUGCUUCGAUCAGUCAUCACGUCACUCUCAGGCGUUCAUAGUUCAAUGAGAUGCGGAUUUACCGC